AUUCUGGGUAGUGGUUUGUUUAGUAUUACCCAAAUUUUCUGCCUGUGGUGGCGUGAGAGUGGAGCCGUAUUGGUGGGUGGUUGUUCCAUCUGUCCCAGUUCAGGGCUGAGCUUAAAUAGACGCCGUCUUUCUUGAGGGUCACAUCAUAGGUGACAACCAAGCUAAAAAAUGAAGUCGUGUAUGUUGGGUUUCUAUGCAGUUCUGUUCCUGUGGCUUCUGGUCUCAUCUUCAGCGCAAAAUGCUCGUGUUAUGGAAUCAAGCUGUCUAAUAACUACAGAUACUAAAGUUCCUCUGAAGAAUCUGCUUAGCUACACAAUCCAGAGAAAACCCUUGUUCUCUGUGGAUGCUGUGAGAUUUCUUACAAUCAAAGGGAAAAUAAUCUGCUCGGAUCCCUCCUCAUCAUGGGCCAAAAAAGCAAUGAAUAACUUGGACGAAAAGAACAAAAAACUGCAGUCAGUAUCAAACAAAACAGCUCGUCAAUCUGUGACACCAGUUCCUGUGAAUACAUCCACCAGAAAUAGGACUCGGUUAUCGGCACAGAUUUAAAUGCAGACCCCUUUGGAUGAAAAUUGUUGGUUGAACAGUAUGAUUUUGCGUUUUUUAAGGUUUUCUCUUUAUUGCACUUUAUACAUCACACACUUUAUAAGUUGUGAUUUAUACAUAUAUAUAUAUAUAUCAAUGUGUAGGAUUACUUUUAAAAGACUUUUCAUAGUUUUAUAUGUAUAUCUAUAUAUCUAUAUAUUUUAUUAAAAUUAUUGAAAGAUUUGAUUCUGUAUUUUUGUUUUAUUUUAUGUGUAGAGCCAAUGUUGUCAAAUAAAC